AUGCAUGCUGGGUCUGAACGCCCGCGCGGCCGUCGUUGGCUGCCCGCCAUUGCUCUCGCCAGCGGCCUGUUUACGAUACUCCUGUCCCUGUUCAUGCUUCACGUCUUCAGUCGCAACACGGCCAUUAGACCUGCUCCUGAUCACGAUCAACACCAGAAACCCAGUCUGACACCCACAGUGACACAUGUCAACAACUUUCGUCCCAUCGUAACUCCCACACCAACACCAGUCGUCCUGCCAGACCCGGCUCAGGAAGCCGGCUACAUCCUACAUCCAAAAGACCAUAUCGCCAGGGAGCCAACCACCUUGCGCAUGUCAUGGAGUGUAACUCGUGAGCUGCGCAAGCCUGACGGCGUUGAGAAGCAAGUCUAUCUUAUAAACGGCCAAUUCCCUGGGCCUAUCAUUGAAGCCCGCCCCAGCGACGAGCUCGAAAUAAACGUCUUUAAUCAUGUCGAGAACGAUACCGAGGGUAUUUCCGUACACUGGCAUGGCCUGGUCAUGAAUGGCGCAAACGCCAUGGAUGGUGUUGUCGGUGUUACCCAAUGUGCCAUUGCCCACAACAAUAACUUCACAUAUCGCUUUACCCUAGAUGACUCGCAGCAUGGCACAUACUGGUACCACGCCCAUUCUCACGUCCAGCGAGCCGAUGGCCUUUACGGUGGCAUCGUUAUACACAGGCCGGCGAAUGCGGAAACCGACUUGGUCAAGUAUAACUAUGAACAAGAGAAACUUCUCCUGGUUGGUGACUGGUAUCACUGGCCCGCUAAUAGAGUUCUCGAGUGGUAUGAUGAGGCAGACCACUUUGGAUAUGAGCCUGCUCCCGACUCACUCCUAAUCAACGGUGUUGGGGCUUACAACUGCUCCAAGGCUGUCGCAGCUCGUGUGGUCAAUUGCACCAUGCUUCAAAAGCCCAAUAUUCGCCUCCCAGACGCCGACCGCAUGCGCCUUCGCAUCGUCAAUACUGGUGCUUCCGCUGGAUUCUCCAUGAAUUUCGGCCACGGGACCAUGCAAAUACUCGCCGUUGAUGGCCAAGGCUUAGUAGAUAGAUCGACCCCUGCUGCUGGCGGGGUUGGCAUCUUAUAUCCUGGCGAGCGUGUUGAUGUCGUACUUGACAAGACAUUGGCACUCAAGUCUGACAGGGAUGAGAGUUCGAUUAAUACCUUGACAAUUGAGCUUGACGACGGCAACAUGCCACUCAAAAACUAUGCUCUUACCCGAAUCCAGUCAUUCCCGGUCGGUGACUUGGGUAAAACAGCCGACAGGAAGAUCAAUCGACGCGACGAUGCUGUGAAAAUGCUUUCACUAGCCGAUCUCAAUGGGGUUUCCCUGUCAGAUGAGGCCGCGGAGGCAACCAAGCCGGCCGAAACUGCCGUCUUUUACACAACUAUCAAGAAUCGCGCCACCCACGCGAACAGACCUGCUGGUCUCUUCAAUCACUCCUCAUGGAUUGUCAAGGAUGCCUUUGCGGCGCCCCUGUUGGCGGUUGAUGAAGAGCAGUGGCCGAGUCUGGCCGAAGAGCCCAGUCGACUCCAGAACUUUACCGUCUCAACGUUCAAGGCCAGCGCAGCCGGUCGCAAGACACGAUGGAUGGAUAUGGUCGUGAACAACCUCGACGACAAGGGUCACCCUUUCCAUCUGCACGGGCGGUCAUUCUACGUACUGGUAAGCCACAAGGGUCGCAAAGGCGAGCAGGGCACAUACAAUCCGUUUGACCCCGAGUCCAAGCACGACGACUACCCCCGCGCUCCCUUCAACCACCUGCUCAAAGACACCGUAUACAUCCCUCGCAUGGGCCAUGUCGUCCUACGUCUGCCCCUAACAAAUAGCGGUCUGUGGCUGGCUCACUGCCACAUCCUGUGGCACCAGGCUGUCGGCAUGAGCAUGGUGGUGCGUGUAGGUGAUGUUGACCCAAAUGCGAGGCGGGCGGCGGGCGCGUUCUGUGCCAGCCAAAAUGCGGGGUUGUGA